CCUCCGAAGCCUCCCGCUUCUCUGCGUCGCCUCCGCCGUCGCGCAUCGCGUGCCUGCCGUCUCCACCCAGCCCGCAAUCUUGUGCAUCGAUUUUUGAGGCUUACAAUGAGCGCGAAAUUGCUCAAGAGCUUGAGCCUGAGGAGGCUCGUAGGACAACAAAGAAAUCCAAUCGGUGGGCACUGCAUAUUUGUUUUUGUUUACUCUGAUCGUGAAAGGUGCUUGUCGCAUAUAUGACUCCUUGGUUGUCUUCUUCUUUGGUAGAUUUAUGCAGAACAUCGCGAGCAUGGAGCUCUACCGCUUCUUUUCCUGGCGUUGAUGAGAAGAAUGGUGUGAAUGGCGAUGCAGAUGAUGGUCUUGCAGGUUCUGGGAAGGAGACCGAAUUUCGUGGUGUCCACCGGGCAAUUAUUUGUGGCAACGUUGGACAAGUCCCUGUGCAGAAAAUACUGAGGAACGGGCACACGGUGACUGUAUUUACUGUCGGGACAGGGGGCAUGUUUGACCAGAGGAGAGUCGGUGCUGAAAACUUGCCAUUGCCAGCUCAGUGGCAUCGCAUAGCUGUUCAUAAUGAGGAGCUUGGUACUUAUGCUGUUCAAAAGUUGGUCAAGAAUGCUGCAGUUUAUGUUGAGGGUGAUAUUGAGACUAGAGUCUACAAUGACAGAAUCAAUAAUCAAGUGAAAAAUAUACCUGAGAUCUGUGUGCGGCGUGAUGGCAAGAUUCACUUGGUUCAGUCUGGGGACAGUGAUGUCAGCCAAUCAUUGGAAGAAUUAAGGGAAGGACUAUUCUAGUCGCGAUCAAUGCUAGGGAAGGACAACAAGAUGCAAAGCCCUGUGCUUCAUUUCCGUCUAUGGAAGCGUAUGGAUUUUAGUGUUGAAGUUGAUUUUGUAUUGUCGCCUGCUCUUGAGCUCUUGGAGAGAAACUGUGAACAUGCUUUGUUUCUGACUGAUGCUCGGGGCACCUGUGGCCUGUGCUCUUAGUGAAGACCAGUUUCAGUUA